AUGACAAAAUCUAAUCUUCUGAAAAACGAAAGUGAUGAUACCCUCGAGAAAGACGAAACCCUGUUAAAAGUAAAACCUCUGACUAAAAUAAAAUUUAUCAAAAAACAAAAUAUCUGCAAGAAUAAAGCUCCUGGUAAAAGAUCUAGUCUGUGCGAUA